AUGGCAAUUACAAUGCGUAAGAGGCAUGCUGAGGCAGACGUUUACCGCCCUCUUAUGGAGUCACGGCAAGAGAUUCGACUUCUCAGAAUCCAUGCCUCUCUCAGCUUCAAGUCACCGAUUAAAUGCGAUCUAAUUCAGACACCACUCGAUCAUGCACUGGACUUUCAAGCCCUGUCAUAUGUAUGGGGUAAUAAAGUGGACAAGUCCUCCAUCAGCGUUCUGGGGACAGAUUUCCCGGUCACGAGAAACCCUUUUGAGGCAUUAAUCAGGCUGCGUCAAAAGACUAGAACACUGAUCAUAUGGAUCGAUGCGGCGAAAGGAGUUCUUGUCUGGCUUGGCGAAAAGAUAGGUAAUAGUGAUUUAGCUUUCAGACUCAUUCGAACGUGGGCCAAAUAUGCACUUGACAACAGACCGGAUACCCUUGUUCAGCUUUACAAGCACACCGAAUUCGAACCAUAUGUAUUCGACUACAGAGCAUGGGAUGCAGCGAAAGAGCUCUUCGAACGAGAUUGGUGGUUUCGAGUUUGGGUGUACCAGGAAUUCGUGCUAGCGCAGGAGGCAACGUUCGUAUACGGUCCGGAUAGAAUAAGCUGGCUGGCUCUACGCCACGCCAUGCAGGCAUGGACAUAUGUGCAAUCACCAACGGUCACAGGAUACUUUACCAUCGCCUACCGCCAUCUGGUGGAGAACUGCCGUUUUGAGGUGGCACGUCAAUUCAUAAGUGAUCGGGAAAAGAUGGUAGCAGCGCACAUAGGAACCAAUCCCCAUUUAUUAGCUCUACCUUGGCUUGUUGACAACCUUCGAUUCCUUAGGUCUACAGACCCGCGCGACAAGGUCUACGCUUUACUUGGGGUUGCGGACACUGAGAACCUUGUCAUUGACAUAGACUACUCCAAGUCGGUGCACGAGGUCUACGCCAAGUACAUCUGGGCUGUGGCUCAAAAGGAUCAUUGUUUGAAUGUUCUAGCGCAAGCUGGACUUGCAAGAGAUGGACGAUCAUCAGAUCUCCGUCUGCCAUCUUGGGUUCCGGAUCUUAGGACUGCAUGCCUUGCUACUACCAAACUCCAGCAAGCUGAACACUGGCCAUCGGGUUGUGAGACUGCCAAAUACGACCUCUCUGCCGAUCUCUCUACUUUGACAAUCUCCGGAUCAACAUUUGAUUCAAUUCAAGAGCUUGAGCAAGAACUUCACUCAGGGCCUAAUACGGAUCUUAGGGUUUGGAGAGAUCUAGCAUUCAAGUCUGGCCUCAAAACGCAUCCGGCAGGUAUUCCAUUGCACCAGGCAUUCUUCCGCACUAUAAUCUGA